CCAAGAUAUUCGCACACGCGUCCAUUAUGGCAUCCACUGAAGAUCUAAGCGUUUCUGCACUUAUCUACGAUUAUUUACUGAAAAAAGACGCGUCUUUGGCGAAGGUUUUCCAGAAGAAAACAAAGGCGCCCGCACUUCCGAAGGGGGCACCAACGAUAUUAGAAGUAUUUCAGUAUUUUCAAAAAACGUCCCCUAAGAAGUUGAACGUUAAAGCUCAAACAAAAGACAGUAGUUCAGAUUCAAGUUCAGAAAGCGAAGAUGAAGCACCAAAUAAGACGCCACAAGUAAAUGGCAAGGUCGCGAUUAAUGCUGUAACGAAUAAUAAGAAUCAAGAAUCUUCUGACGAUACCUCCAGCGAAGAUGAAAAGCCAGCUCCAAAAGCUGCAGCUAAAGUUAAGCCUAUAGUUAAAACACCGUCUAAGGCACCGCUUGUAAAGAAAAAAGAGAGUUCGGAUGAUAGUUCAUCGGACGAAGAAGAGGUACAAACUGUACAACCAAAAACAGCAUCUACCCCUAAAGGAGCUCAAGUGACUAAAAUGGAGGAAUCCUCGGACGAUGAUUCUGAUUCAGACGAUGAUGAUGCACCUAAAGCGAGUAUAACUGCAAAACCAGUUGCAAAAGUGCAAGCAAAAGCUGUGCCUAGUAAAAAGAAAUCAUCAAGCGACGAUAGUAGUGAAAGUAAUGAAAAUCCUGUUAAGCCAAUACUUAAAAAACCAGUGCUUGCUGUAUCUGGAGUCAAAACGCCGGUAAUGAAAAACAAGGCAACCAAAAAUUCCAAUGACUCGUCGGAGGAAUCUAGUGACGAUUCCGAUUCUUCGGAAACUGUAUUUACUCCGAAACAAACGCCAAAAGCUGUCGAGGUUAAGGCAAAAGUAGAGAAGCCUGCUAAACAAACGAAAGAACCUGUGAAGCUCGUAAAGAAAAGUAAAAAUGUAACGAUAAAGCAAACUGUUACAAAGGGGAAAUCUUCAUCUAGCGAAGAAAGUAGCGACCAAGCGCCAAAGAAACCUAUUGCUCCUCCAACGCCAGCAGUAAAAAAGAAACCCCUUAUUAAGAAGGAAGAAGUUUCCUCGAGUGAGGAUAGUAGCGAAGAAGAUGCACCUCCGACUAAAAAAUCUGCUCCUCCAACACCGGCAGCUACAAAAAGAGGUCCUGUCAAGAAAGAAAAGUCUUCGAGCGAUGAUAGCAGCGAAGAUGAUGAACCCCCAGCUAAGAGACCCGCUCUUGCUAAGUUGGUUACACCACCUGUUGCGGCUAAGAAAACAGAAUCAUCCAGUGAUGAUUCUGAUGAUUCAGAAGAUGAAAAACCAGCUAAAAAACCUGUAACAAAACCGGUAGCAAAGAAAGCAGAGUCUUCCAGUUCCGAUGACUCUGAUGAGUCUAUGGAUGAAAAGCCUGCCAAAGCGCCUACACCUGCACUUGCAAAAACAGCAGCGAAAGCAAAUAUUAAGAAGAAAGCAUCCAGCGAAGACUCGGAAUCCGACUCGUCGGAGGAUGAAAAUCCAAAAGUAGCACCUAAUGUGAAAACUCCAAAACCAGUAGCAGCUAAAAAAGAUUCCGAUUCCGAGGAAAGCGAUUCAGACGAGGAGGCAGAGGAGAAAGUACCUCCGCAAAAAGCACUAGGUAAAGCUGAGAAGAAGAAACACAAAGAAGUAGACCAACAAAAUGAAGAACAGUCUGCACCCGCUCAUAAAAACAACUACAGCAAUUUUGUAAAAGCAAGCAACAGCUUCAAUGGCGAUAAGCAGCAAAAAAAGACUCCGUUCCGUCGUGUAAUGGACGAGCGGGUAGACUUGGAUCCCAAAUUGGCUAACAAUUCUUUUGAGGCAAAGAGAGGCGCACGUGGCUCUUGGGGAGAGAAAGCUAAUCAAGACCUGAAACAUACAAGAGGAAAAUCAUUUCGUCAUGAAAAGACGAAAAAAAAACGUGGUAGUUACCGCGGCGGUCAAAUAGAUACUAGCGUCAAUUCCAUUAAGUUUGACGACUGAGUAAGCAUAUGUAAAAUGUAUAUGUAAAUGUUUUAAUAUUAUUAACCGAUACGUUUAGUUAAGUGAAAUAUAAAAACGAUCAUUGACAUACACACACACACAGACACACAAGCUUCUCUAAGUGGGGUAAGCGAUCUACUUUUAAACACAAGACAUGUUGGGUACAGUUCCCACUUGUUUAAUGCAAAAUUACGAACGACGAGAUCGAUCUUCGUUCUUAUUGGUAACCGAUUGCAUUUAAUUCCGCCAGUUUGUCGACUAAGUAACGGCUACGAUUUUUUUAAUACUUAGUAUCUAUAAGACUGCGAUUUCCACAUGUCCGUCAAAAGUUUCGUGAAAAAAAAAAAACACUAUCUCUUAUUUUAAUAUGAGAAGUACAGUUUGUGAAAGUUACUUCGAUACCUAAUGGUUACUGUAUUAGAAACUAAUGAGUGUUGUUUCUUGCAAUAUGCGAUAUACUUCAUCAAUCUGUCGUUCCUAGAGUAAAUAGGAAGUUUGCCAGAUAUCAUUUACACUUGUAAUCAUUAAAACAUGCAAGAAAUGUAUCAUUAAGGUAAUCAUUAUUUUUAAUCGUUCAAUCUAUCAAAGGAGGCUUUUUUACAAGUAUUAUUCUCGGUGUUUGGUCUCGAUAUGGAAAAGCGUUUUCGACAUUGUUCUUGCUUCCUUGUAAUUAGUAUCGAAACAUCGGAAAUGCAGUGAUUUUCGACUAAUUACAAAUUCGAAAGCCAUUGCAUUUCUCGAGACGUUAUUUAAGUACGAAUUACAAGCGGUCGCGCAAAAGAAUGUAUAACCAUCCAGUGCGUAAAUGAAUUUGUCAGAGUUGGCAGUAUCCUUCGACUCUGUGCAAAAAGAAUAUUCCGUAAUAGUUCUAAUGCAAGUAAUUCCGAACACACGAAAUAGAAAAUUUGUUAUAUUCAUUGUUAAUUUAA